UAUUUGACUAAUUUAGGACCUCACUGCGCACACUGCAUGUGCAAUUCUUCGUAGUUUUUACGGACGUCAAAUCCAAUAUUUUAUCAUUUUAAGAUCCAUAUAUUUAGUAUUCUAAUGUAUUUGUAAAUAUUUUAUUCACAUAUCACCAAAAAUUCACCAUUUUUGAGAUUACUUGAUAAUACAAAGUCAUGGUUAUGGAAACCCCAAGUCCACAGUGCGUUGGCCGCGAAUUUGUGAGGCAAUAUUAUACCUUGCUAAACGAGGCCCCACUGCAUCUUCACAGAUUCUACAGUCACAAUUCUAGUUUUGUUCAUGGAGGUGUUGAAAAACCAGGAGAAGAACAACCACCUGUCAUGGGACAAGCAGAAAUACACAAAAAGAUUAUGUCUCUAAACUUCAGAGAUUGCCAUGCCAAGAUCCGACAGGUUGACAGCCAAGCUACUGUUGGUAAUGCAGUUGUUGUCCAGGUUACAGGAGAGCUGUCAAAUAGCGGUCAGCCAAUGAGAAGAUUCAUGCAGACAUUUGUUCUUGCACCACAGUCACCAAAGAAAUAUUAUGUUCAUAAUGAUAUUUUCCGGUACCAGGAUGAAGUAUUCCAUGAUAAUGAUAGUGAUAUGGAAAAUCUUGAAGAGGGUCUUGGUGAUGAAAUUGAUUCUGACUUAGAUCCAGUUGAUCUAAACCAGGAUCACGGUCAGGAACCUGUACAACAGUUCUAUGAUGCCAGUCCACAGUUGAGCAAUGGUACACAUGAUGAUCGAGUUGAUACCCCAUCACCUUCUCCUGAAGAGGAAGAAGUGAAAGAAGAACCAAUUAACACACAAACAGAGGAAAUAUUUGACCUGAAGGAAGAGGAAACAAUAGAAACACAGACAGAAGAAGUAGAACCUGAACAAUCCGGUCAAAUGACCAUCCAAUUUAUGGCAGAACAGAAGACUUUCUCCUGGGCUGGUAUUGCCAGUAAGAAUGCUACGUCAAGCUCUGUACCAGCUAAUACUACAUCCCCUCCAUUUGGUAAAGUUCCACAGUCUCUACCAAACAGACAGGAGAUGAAGACAGACAUUGGAUCAACGGCACCUGGUUCAGCACCACAACCACAGAGACAAACAAGGCCUAGAGAUAAUCGACCAAGAGAAAGGGAAAGAGUCAGCAUGUCACGUGAUGAUGGUGACAGUGAUAGUCAAAGUGGGCGUCAAAGAUCUCGUUUUCCAGACAGUCAUCAAUUGUUUGUUGGAAACUUACCGCAUAAUAUUACUGAAAAAGAAUUAGAGGAUUUUUUUACAAAAUUCGGUCAUGUUGUUGAAUUACGAAUUAAUACCAAAAGUAGUGGUGGAAAACUUCCUGUAAGUAACCAGAAGAAUUUUGGAUUUGUGAUAUUUGAUAGUCCAGAGCCAGUUCAAAGUAUUCUUAGUCAAAAGCCAAUCAAAUAUAAUGGUGAACACAGACUUAAUGUAGAAGAAAAGAAGCCAAGAGGAGGAGCUCCAGGAGGUGGAAGAGGAGGUCCACCACGAGGAGGAAUGGGUGGAGGAAGAGGAACUAGCUUUGGUAGUGGGGGACGUGGUGGUAUACGAGGCAGUGGAGGUGGACCUGGGCCUGGUCCUAGGUCAGACAGAGGCAGCAUGGGGGGUAGAGGGGGUAUGUCAGGCCCUAGGCGAUGAACUUUUGUAAUUUGUCCAUUGGUGCUUACAGAAGGUAUGCAAUUCUGACAACACACAAAAACAUAGUAAAAUUACACAUUAAUGUGUGAUUAGUCAUAAUAUUUGUGACUGGUUGUGUUUAUUUAUAGAAUCGUGAAGAUGCAUUAUUGUAAUGAUAAUGUUGGGCUGGGGUUCCCAUGACCUUGACUUUAUAUAUUUAUAUCAUUCCUGUAAAUGGUCUCAUCAAUGUUAUAUCCAAUUUAUUGACUUAUUGUACAUACACAGAACGGGUCUCAGUUGGUGAAGAAACAUUGGUAAUGCCAUCAUUUAUUUUGUUUUUACAGAAUUGCAUAUUUUCUAAGUGUUCUAAGAGUAUGACUAGCUGAAAGUGUAUUCAAUGCAGACAUUGAAGUGUAAAUCAAGAUUGUCGUAAAUCCUUUUCUCUGUUGUUCUAUUUUAUAUUUAUUUGUUCAUUUUUUAUGAAAAAAUUUCAGUUGCAAUUUUGUUUAGUUUUUUCAAUAGCAGAGCAAGAACUAUGCAAAAUUUUAUAUUCAGUGAAUCAUGGGUUGUUCAUAUCUUGUUUACAACAGAAAAGGACUAGAAAUUGGGUCAAAAAUUCUGUGAACAGCUGAUGACUGUUUUAUUUAACAUCAGAAGAGUAGGUCCUGUGAUUUAUGUAGCAAUAAUUUAUGUUUAUAGUAAUAGAAUUGUUAUAUAGCUCUUGGUUUUAGCAGUUUACUGUAAAAUACUCAAAAUGUUAUGUGAAUAGUACAGUUCUAUGUGCAUUGUGAUAAUGAAAUACAGUGAUAUCAGAACAUGAGAUAAAAAAGAUUAAAACAGAUCCAUAUUCAUAUUGUUCUGAUUUAUUUUAUGAAUGAAAAGUUUAUGGUAGACAGUUUUCAUCUUUUAUAUUAAUUUAGUUCAGAUAACAAAAUGUAUUCCAUAUCACGUUAAACCAAAUAGUCAUACUAAUGUGUAUAUUUUUAAGGUUUAAACCUAUGACUGUAUUUUUCACACAUUAAGCAGUUGUCUCCAUUAACACCUGCAGCAACAGGCCUGAUGCUCAUUUAAAAAAAUUGUACAGAUUCUAUUGGUCUAAAAUAGAAAUUCUUUUAGGCCGAUAGAAAUUUUAGAACUUUUGGUUGUAGGGCCUGUGGCUUGCGUGAAGACAUAAUUUUGGUACUUUGGAUAAAACUGUAGUUGUUGACCUCCAUCUAACAUCACUUGUAAAUAAUCAUUAACUGUUCACAGUAUUUUAAUACCUAUUGUAAUUUAUUAUUGUAUAAAUGGCUACAUUCCUGGUUGUCUAGUCCCAACACGUGCAGGGUUGGGUGUACCGGGUUUAUUGCUUAAUCUGGCUCAAUAGUUUUUGUUUGUUCUGUUCUACUUUACAUACUGGGGUACCUAUCAGGAAUCCUAUAACUAUUUUUUAUGUUUUGUACAUCUAUCAGCAGGGUAGCUGUGUGUGAUAUUCAGUCCCAAAUUAUUUAUGAGACUCAAAACUUACGAUAGUAACAUAGUGCUACCAGUAAAUAAGCUAUUUCUGAUACCAGUGUUUGCCAAAGACUUCAAACAAUAAAUGGAACAAUAUUUUUUACGUUUAACAAACAGAUGCCAUUAGUCUUUCAUGUUGAAAAUCUCAUUAUUUAAUGAAUAUAUAUAGUAUUUAUCUAGAGCAGUAGAUUUUUAACAUCUUACAAUUUUUAUUUGGAUUUAAUACUAUUUUUCUGUGAAAACUUACAAAUUUAGCCAUGUACAUGUAGAUUAAAGAUCAGAAGUUUGCGUUGACUUCCUAUUUGUCUGAAAAUAUGAAGUUUCAUAUUGAUAAAAAUUCAAAUAAACCACUGCAAAAUUUUCAAUUAAUUCUAGUUUAAAAAUGUGAUUAUGAAACAAUUACCAAUUUAAAUUUUCAGUCAAAUUAAAGAUUUGGACGGUGUCAACUUGCAUUUAGUGAUAUAUUUGCAUUUUAAUUUUGAGAACUAGUUAAGUGGUGUUAAUAGCUUAUUGCUCUAGAUAAAAUGAUAAACAUAUGGCAGCAGUAUAGCUGCUUUGUGAUUGUAUGUACAGAUGACAUCAUAGGUUCCAAGUUUACUUGUAAAGUUUCAUUUGUAUUGUCUCCCUGCACAUGUUUUCAAAAUAAAACUGAAAAAUUCCUAGGAUUUUUA